AUGGCCAUCAAUGUCCCCGGCCCGGCCGAGCCGCAUAUUGCCAUCGUCGGGGCCGGCAUCGUCGGCGUGAUCCUCGCCCUUGGACUUGCCCGGCAGAAGAUCUCGGUCCGCGUGUACGAACAGGCGGCUGGCUUCCGAGAGAUCGGCGCCGGCAUUGCCUUCUCGGCAUGCGCCCGUCGCUGCAUGGAGCUCGUGGACCCGGGGAUCAGUGAGGCCCUGAGACGGUGUGGUGCCGUUUCCGUAUCAGACGAGGACCAGGAAGACGAUUACCUGCGCUGGAUUGAUGGCUACAACCAACACCGUGCUGACGAUCCCACCUACCAGAGACCGCUGGCUCAGAUCGGUGGUGCCGGCUUCAGAGGCUGCCGACGGGACCAGUUUCUAGAGGAGCUUGCCAAGGACGUGGCCCCCGGCGGGAUCGAAUUCGGCAAACGGCUGGAGACGGUAGAACAAAAAGAGGAUGGGAAAGUGUGCCUCGUCUUUGCCGAUGGGACAAGCGCCGAUGCUGAUGCUGUCAUCGGCUGCGACGGCGUCAAAUCUCGCGUGCGCAGGUCCCUCUUCGGCGCGGACAACGAGGCUUCGUACGCCCAGUACACACACAAAGUGGCGUACCGGGGCCUCGUGCCGCUCGACCGUGCGAUCGAGGUACUGGGAGAGUGGAAGGCUCACAACUUCCACCACCACGUCGGCCCCGGCGCGCACCUGACCCACUACCCAGUGGCAAACCACACAGCCCUCAACGUUGUCGUCUUCCUGUCCGACCCCGAACCCUGGCCGGACCACAGCAACAUGGUGGCCGAGGGCACGCGCGACGAGGUCGCGGCGGCGCUGGGCGGGUGGCAUCCGACAGUCCUGGGCCUCGUCAAGCUACUCCCGGAAAAGCUGGUGACAUGGGGUCUGUUCGACCUGGGCGAAUUUCCGGCGCCGAAAUACAACGACGGCCGCGUGUGUAUUGCCGGGGACGCCGCGCAUGCGUCCAGUCCCCAUCAUGGUGCGGGGGCUUGUCUCGGGGUUGAAGAUGCACUUUGUCUCAGCGUACUCUUAGGCCAGGUCCGCGCGGCGGCCACGGCUCCCGGUGAGAGUCUGGGGACGGCACUGGCGGCGGCGUUCGAGACGUUCGACUCGAUGCGCCGUCCGCGGACCCAGUGGCUUGUGAACAGCAGCAGGCGGGUCUGCGACUUGUACCACCAGUCCGAAUGGGCGGACCAGAGACGGUGGACCAAGGCGGAGACGUGUUUUGAGGAGAUCAGGGACCGCUCGUACAAGAUUUGGCACUUUGAUGCCGACGAUAUGGUGCAGCAGAGUGUAGCGGAGUAUAAGAAGAGACUACUCGGGAAAAGGAACGGUUUUGGGAGAGAUGUGAAUGAAAAGCACGGGUACCGGCUGUGA